AUGGAUUUGGACGCAGGCGACUCCCCGUGGGGCGACGUACCCUCGCAAUCAUCCGGGAAUCAUAAUGGCUCGGGGUCUGGAGAGCACGAGGCCGCUCCCGAGCAAACGUCACAGCAGCCGAGCUCCAACACCGUCCGCUCUCCCGUACGACGAGGUCCCCGGGGCACCCGCAAGAUCAGUGCACAAGCGACAAAACUGGAAGCCGUUGAUGAUACCCUCGAUCCGUUGGGUCCGCUCGGCGACAAAGCUGGCGACACCAGUCCCACCACCCCCGAUCAGGCUCCCACGCCACCUCAAAAGGAGGCCUUCGCCGGGCGAAAUGUGCGGCCCACGUCGUCUACGUCGCAGGCUUCCAGCGCUGCUGGAAUGGCCGAUCCGAUGAGCUUGGAGGAAGAUGGUGCGGGGCUUAGGAACCCCCCGCCGGUGCAACCCCCCAGUGAGGCAGACAGUUCAAAACGACAGUCCGAGCCCAGCAUCAGUGUCGAGAAGGCUGCCAAUCCGACAUUUGAUAUCACCGUCGGUGAUCCACAUAAGGUGGGGGAUUUGACCAGCAGUCAUAUUGUAUACCAAGUAAGGACCAAGACCACGUCCAAGGCCUAUCGGCAACCCGAAUUCACGGUCAGCCGUCGGUACCGCGACUUUCUUUGGCUGUAUAAUUCCAUGCACAACAACAACCCGGGCGUCGUCGUGCCUCCGCCUCCCGAGAAACAGGCCGUUGGUCGGUUCGAUACCAACUUCGUUGAAUCUAGACGAGCCGCGCUGGAACGUAUGCUGAACAAAAUUGCGGCGCACCCGAUUCUUCAGCAUGACGGGGAUCUCAAGAUCUUCCUCGAGAGCGAAUCGUUCAACCUGGACGUCAAGAACAAGGAGAACCGCGAACCAGACCUAGGCCAAAACAAGGGAAUGUUUAGCUCCUUCGGUCUUAGCGUUGGUGGAGGUGGGAAGUUUGUUGAACAUGACGACUGGUUCCACGAGCGGAAGAUAUACCUGGAUGCUUUGGAGAAUCAACUUAAGGCUUUGAUGAAGUCUAUUGACACGGUGGUUGCGCAACGAAAGGGACUUGCCGAGGCCGCUGGUGACUUCUCGACUUCGCUGCAUGCGCUGGCCGCUGUCGAACUAUCCCCGGCUCUCUCCACUCCGCUGGAAGGAUUGUCGGACCUUCAGCUCCGAAUCCGGGAGCUCUACGAACGCCAGGCGCAGCAGGACGUCUUGACGUUGGGGAUCACGAUUGACGAAUACCUCCGUCUAAUUGGAAGUGUCAAGACCGCCUUCUCCCAGCGCCAAAAGGCUUUCCAUAGCUGGCAUGCGGCCGAGUCGGAGAUGCAGAAGCGCAAACACACGCAGGAGAAGCUCCUGCGGCAGGGCAAGACGCAACAAGACCGCCUCAACCAGGCCAAUGCCGAUGUGGCUGACGCCGAGAGGAAGGUCCACCAGGCCAGGCUGUUAUUCGAAGAUAUGGGCCGACUGAUGCGGAACGAGCUGCAGCGUUUCGAGAAGGAGAAGGUGGAAGAUUUCAAGUCUGGUGUUGAGACAUUCCUUGAGAGCGCUGUCGAGGCUCAGAAGGAGGUACGUUGUCCGAUUACAUUCUAUUUUCACCCCAUACGCACUCGGUAG